CUCCCUCUCUCUCGGUAUUGAAAAUUAUUUAGGGUUUGGUUUGGGCGUCAAAGAAAUAAAAAAUCAAUUCCCUUUCGUAAAUAAUCUCCAUAUCAUAUCAUAUCCGGAUUCAUCGAAAAAUUAAUCGCCUCUUAAAUACCAAUUAGGGUUCACAAAAAUCCAUUUUCUUACUAUGAUUUUAUUCUCUUCACCUCUCGCCUUUCUUAUGUGUGAAAAUCUUCGUGUUUUCGGUCCCGGCCUCAAUCCUUUCUCUCCUUAUUGUGUUGAUCAUUACUCAACUUCUCGCUAAAUCGAUUUUCUUUUCUUUGAAAACUGAACAUGUAAAUCUGUCGGUUGCCCUUUUUCUCGCUGAGCUUUUUUGUUGUUUUUUUAAUUAAAAAAAAGCUAAUUGGAUCUUAUUGAGGACUUGAUUGAAAAAGAACAGGCGCACGCUAAUUGUUGGAUUGUGUUUGAUUUUGGUCUAUCUGUGUGCGUGUGCGUAUUUUUGUUGAAAUUAAAAAUUAUGCCACAGGAAGAUUGUGUUGCUGUUUCGUUGAGGCGUAACUUGUCGAGAAGACGGUCGUUUAGGUCAGUUGGGGGUGUUGACAGAGAUGAUAGAGGUUGGACUUCGCUUCAUAUUGGUGCUAGAAAAGGUGAUCUCAAACAGGUGAAACAUUUACUCGAUGAAGGAAUGGAUGUUAAUGUGCCUGCAUGGGGCCCCAAAUCAAAAGGCCUGACCGCGCUCCACCUUGCUGCUCAGGGUGGUCACCUUGAGAUUAUGGAUGAAUUGCUCGCUCGUGGUGCUAAUAUUGAUGCUAGAACCCUUGGUGCCUGUGGUUGGACACCACUUCACCGGGCUGCAAAGGAAAGGAAGAAAGAAGCAGUCAAAUUUCUAAUAGAGAACGGUGCAUUCUUGCCAGAUGAUAUGAAUGAUAGCAGAUUUAACCCGCCC